CCUCGACACGCUCGGUGCCAUGUCAGAUUCAUCAGGAUCGCAGUAUCCUCCUGUAGCACGACUGCCACUCACACCGGAACAACGUGAUGAGUUCAAUCAAGUUAUCCUCAAAAAUUGGGGCCCUCAGUUCAUCAAUUCAAUUGCCCAGUCGGAUCCGACUCGCUGGGACGAAGACAAAGGGAUAAUUACCAUUGCUUCCAUGAUGAUCGUAAUCAUUAUAGAGCACGCUCAGGGCUUGCUCCAGCGUCUUAUCAUGAAAAGUAUGACAUUCUGGGAUAUCACCCCAAUACUACAGGAAGACCUUACACUACGGGGAAUAAUCUACGAUGCCUGCCGGAAUCGCUCGUUCUCCCACAUCGCCGACCUCGAAAUAUUUCAGAUACCCAAAGCUAGGGACCUCCACAUGCUCUCGGCUCAAGACAAGGACUUCCUUGAUUCAUUCUCCAGACCUUACGUCGGGAAGGCGGUGGACGGGUUUUACGAGUACCUGAAAGAAAACAAUAUUAAGUUCAAGGGAGUUAGCGCCCAUCAGCCUUACUAUGCCAAGUUCUGUUCGAUCGUCCAAAGUUCUGGCACAGGGAAAUCGAGACUAUUGACGGAGCUCCGGAACAGGGGCGUUAUUGUGCUGUACAUGAACAUUCGUGAACCAAGUGAUGCCGGCUUCCCGAACCGAGACGCGGUACCUGCGCGUAUAUUGACGGAAGAAAUGGAUUGCACUCGAGCCGAGUAUGGCGCUCGUUGUUGUGCACUCUUUACAGCCAUAUUCAAGGUGCUGCGGCAGCGACUAAGCAACAAGCAUCGGCUGGGCUCUGAUAGUCUGAUAAAAUCAUGGAAUGAUGAAAUGUGCGACAUGCACUCGGAAGCUCGUUCCGAGUUCUUUGAGGAAGUUCAAUAUCUAUAUGAGCAGACCCUUGACACGAUCAGACUGAUGAAUCCCACAAUGGGAGGCGGUCUGGCUCUGAAAGAUGACGUCCCAGCGCCGAACUUGGAAGGGGAAUCGUUUGUCGAGGAAGCUUAUGAAAAUAUGCUGACAGCUAUGCCAGACAUGUUUGCUGAGAAGGAUGAAGAUUACCCCAAACUCGUGAUUUCAUUCGACGAGGCCUACUCUCUGAGCAAAAUGAGUAGCAAGGGUUUUCGUCCAUCACACAUCCUUGGGAGGGUGAUCAACUGCUACUCCGAGGGCGAGGAUACAUCAGUCUGGGUCGUAUUUGCAUCCACGACUCCACAUGUGGUAGAUUUUUUAGCUCCUCCGGUGAUCCAUGAUUCUCAGCGCGUAGCAGUAGGCGGCCACCUUUUAUUUCCACCUUAUACGUAUCUUGGUUGGGACCAGAACGCAGACCGUUUGUCUGAUAUACCGGCGAAUGACGCCGGAAAGUUCAAACACAUCGUCGGAUUCGGUCGUCCACUGUGGAAAUCGCUUGCGGGAAAACGUUCUGUCGCUGACAUUUUAGAAUUGGCUGCUCUGAAGCUCUGCAAAUCGAACACUUAUGUCCCAUCGGAUACGAACCAGGCUCUCGCUGUCCUGUCUCAGCGAUUCGGUCUCGACAUCUGCUUUGGUCACCCCGAUGCCGCUUCUUAUGUUGAAACAGGGGUGGCUAGCCACCUGCGGAUAUGCUUCUCGACGACCCAAGAUAGGUCAUCGGCCUAUACCGGUUAUCCAUCAGAGCCCCUUCUGUCUUGUGUUGCAGCGGAUCUACUCCAUUCUGGGACCACCAGUCUAGAGGGCGCUUUGGGGGUCUUGAACAAAAAGGUUGAUGAGGGGAUGGUCGAGAUAGGACAGAGCGGAGAGUUGGUCAGCAGACUUGUGCUGCUUCUUGCGAAAGACAUGUACGUUCGCGGCCAUCUCUCCGAAGGCACAAUACGGGAUCUACACUACGAGGGAAGUGGGGAUGCGGAAUUGAUCGACUGCCAGAAGGUCUCCGUCGUUGAUUUCCUGCAAUACCUUUUUGGCGAGACGUUCUGGUUGUUGGCGGAUGAGGAGGCCAAGACAAAUUUUCGGCACGCCUACAUCAAUUUCUCGCAUUGGGUGUCCAUGACAGAGUUAAUCUCCCCCGGCCCUGGGCCGGGAGAUUCCAAGCAACCUACGUCCGAUAUGUCGAGUGCCAAGGAGUGGACUCUGCGACACUGGGUUCGUACAAGCGCGGUGCAAUGCUGCGAUCUGCAGCCGCUCGUCGACAAGAUGAUUCCAAUAUAUUUUGAUGAUCCCACCCUCGACUCCGACGAUCUCAAACGCGUUUCUCAAAUUUUCAUUUCAGACAAAGCGGGGAAGAAUCCUAAUGCGCGAGAGCUGGCGGCCAUCACGCGCAAGCAUGAUUCGAUCAGAUGCUUAUCCACUCUGCCAUAUAUCGCUAUUCGUCUGGACUUCAAUGUGGAGCCACAGCUCAAAGUCACAUUUCCAGAGAGAGACCCAAACGAUGCCGAAACGGACCGAUCUUUACGGAUCUACGCUUCUGGACUGGAAGAGACCACAUUUCCAUUCUUAACACCCAACACCAUCGUUGCAUCACAGCUACGAGGGCUUAUCUCUCGGGAGGAGACACCAACGCAGACGAAUCUCGACGCCCUCGUCGAAUUUGGGAGUACUGCCAAGUUGCGUAACCUGCAGUGGGAAACACAAGACUGAGGUGUAUGGUAAUUCAAUACAAUUCGAGCCUUGAUCUUGACCGUAGUGAAAAGCAAUGUAGUGCGAUUGCGUAUAUGUUCCUACGUAAUAUGCAUGUCAACUAGCUGGGUAUUAACAUAGUUACC